AUGAGGUUUCAGAGACAGUAUUCAAAUCGCAACGGAGGCCCAAGAACUUUUAUCGAAGAGAUACAGAAGAAAGAACAGGAUGUUAGAAAAAUUCGCCAGGAAGAUUCAAAUGAGGCUCUUCGCUGGUACAAAAACUUUAAAUCAGGAAGGAAAGCAUUCGGGCGAGUUGUGUUCAAAGGUGAUUCGCAACAGUUCGCGCAUUUCGCCCUGCUGGGGCAUGACUCGAAGAUGAGCCGUGUGUACAACGAACUUCUACUGAAACAUUGGGGUAUUCCGAGGCCAACCCUGCUUAUUUCUGUGACGGGCUCAGCGCACCUGAUCAACGGGAUCCAAGGAUCACUGUUGGACGCGUUCAGAAGAGGAUUAUAUGAAUCGGCGGCGCACACAGGGGCUUGGAUCGUCUCAGGGGGACUAAACGUUGGAGUCAUGAAAGAAGUCGGCAAAGCGAGAAGACAGUAUAGCUCAGCCUAUAGUGACUCGGUGCCAGUUAUAGGCAUCAUGAAUAUGAACGAGAUACCUGAUAAUCACCUGCUUGAUCUUAAUCCAGUGAACAGUUUGAAGCCAAUCGAAAUAAAUACGAAUAAAGCUGAGCAAAGAAAACCAGGCGUCCAUGCACUCGACCCAAAUCACAAAUUUUUACUCGCUGUGGAGGGUGAAGACAAAGGAGAAAAACUCGAUUCCUGGUCAACAUUUGAGUUUCGAAGGGCUUUCGGGACCUACAUAAAUGCUGAAGGCGGUGGAGCAGGAUCCAAAAAUGUACAGACUAUCAGCGUUGUCUUCAAUGGAAAACUAGGGACUCUUCUUGCUGUCAAAGAGAUGCUCUGUGAGUCGAUUCCUUGUGUUGUCGUCGCUGAAUCAGGCGGUGUGGCUGAUCUUAUUCGUCUUGGCAUAGAGUUCCUCGUCGAAAAAGGUGCCCGUGACGAGUCUGUCUUGAACUCCGAAUCAGAGAUGAAUGAAGUAUACAAAGCACUCGAAAAAAUUGACUCGCAGAAAGUACACGAAUGGCUCCGUAAAAUUGAUAUAAAAACGAAAGAUUCAGAAGAGACCAGGCAGUGGGAAGAAAAUCUCCAGAUUGUACUUUCACAGCAAGACCUCAUCGAAGUAUUCUACCACAAUCAAAGAAGCACUCGAUUAGAGCACUCGAUUCUUGGAGCGUUGAUGAAUAAUCUUCAGAAAGAUGAUCUUAUUCAACAAAUAAAACUCUGCAUGCGUCUAAAUCAAAUUGAGCUCGCGAAGGAUCGCAUCGCGAAGUCGACUGAAAACAUAAAGGACUCUGAAGCAAAUGAACUGAUGAUGGAAGCUCUUCUUGGAAAUAGAGUUGACUUUGUUAAAUUACUCGUAGACUCGUCAUAUAUCAACAUCAGUUCUUUUAUGACGAACAAGAGACUCGUGGAGAUGUAUGUCAAGGGGCUCGAACAGGAUUUUUCUUCCACAGGAGGAAGGUCGUUCUUUUAUGAACUUUGCUUGAAGAAGAACAUUGUAGGAGAAGACUAUGAUAAAUUUAACCGUUGGAUAAAAAGCCUCACUGAAUUCAACAACAAUAAUAAUGGCUCGAAUGUCCUUGACUUCAAGAGAACUUCAGCGAUGCCACGCAAGUUGUUCUUGUUUGAUAAUCUUGCUUAUUGCGAGAGCAAACUAUUAGGCAAGGCUUGGAAUUCCAUUUAUGAAAGAAGAGCCGUCGAAUACUCAAUAUUAGAAGAUCAAUGCUUGGACCCAUUUCGAGACUUGUUUCUUUGGUGCCUUAUAUUUAAACGAGUUGAAAUGGCGCGAGUUAUUUGGUCCAAUUCAAGUGAGGGGUUGACUUUUGCUCUCGCUGCAUCCGUUCUUUCUAAAAGAGCUUCCAAACUCGACGAUAGAGAUACAGAUGUCGUGCAGCGGUACACUCAAGAGUCCCACGAGUACCAGCAAUUAGCUGUCGAUGUAUUCCUUGAGUCCUACAAAAACGACAGGAGCAAGUCAUACAAGCUUUUGAGUCGCGUUCAACCAAGUUGGGGAAACUCAACAUGCUUAGAAUUAGCAGUGAGUGGCAAGUGUCGUGAUUUCGUGGCUCUUGUUGGAGUACAGGAACUGUUAUCUAUGAUCUGGCGAGGAAAUAUUCAUCUCGACCAGCCAUAUCGACAAGUUCUUAUUUGUCUUGCUCUGCCAUUUUUGCCAUUUCUUCCAGCUCGAAUUAUAACAUUCGACCUUUCUGCAAAAGACGAACAAAUAUCCUGGCGGCGAAAAUAUCUCUGGACAUUUCAAGCUCCGUUCUCAGUUUUCGUCUACAAUAUUGUAUUUUUCUUCGUUUAUCUUUUCGUCUUUGCCGCAGUUAUUCUGUCACGCUUUUGUUACGAUCCACACUGGCUAGAAUGGGUGCUCAUUGCUUGGACCGGAACUCUUGUUAUCGAAGAAGCUCGACAAAUUUAUUACGAGCCCGGAAAGAAAGACAAACUGAAGACAUGGUUCUCCGAUCUUUACAACAAAAUGGACUGCCUAGCGUAUAUUUCCUUUUUCAUCGGCGUCGGAGUAAAAUUCAAAGACGAGCGAUCAUUCCACAUCCAAAAGGAUAACUGUCCUUCGAUAACUGAUGGCGAUUUCUUUCAUGGACACAUUUUGUAUUCUUUCAGCUUUAUCACCUUGUGCUUGCGAACAAUGAACUUCUACUCGAUUUCCAGAAGACUUGGUCCACGAGUUUUGAUGGUCACGACGAUGCUCAAAGACAUGUUGGAAUUUAUUUACAUCUUAGCCAUAUUUAUUUUAUCGUAUGGGAUCGGGUCAACUGCAAUUCUAUAUCCAAACGAGUGGCGAGUCAGUGAAAUCAUUUAUAACGUACUUUUUACACCAUGCUUUCAAAUAUUCGGCGAAGUAUUCAUAGGAGAGCGAACGACAUACAGCUUCGAAGACAAACCGACAGAUGGCGAUAACUGUUUUGUGAACAUAACAGGCCUAGAUGAUCCUGAGCGAUGCCCAAGGCAGCAUUUCACGGUUGAUAUAAUGAAUUGGGUCUACAUGCUCAUGGUGAACGUAUUGCUCAUCAAUCUGCUGAUUGCCUUGUUUUCAAACACAUUUGAGAAAAUUCAAGCAAACUCGCAGAAAAUUUGGAAAUUUUAUCGAUACACAUACAUAAGGGAAUAUUACUACAGACCCCCACUGGCUCCUCCUCUGAUUAUUAUUGGACAUUUUUACAGCGGUCUGAGAUACCUUUAUAAUUUCUUCUUUGGUCGACAGAACAGUGUUAAAGAUAACUUCAAUACUGUAGCUCAGCGUCUGCGUCGAGGAAAACGGCCUUUCCGGACAUAUCACUUAUCAACCAACAGCCCUCUAUCUGAAACAAGACUUGUGGUCGAGAAUCAAUCUUACGAUGAGACAACGCAAGAUGAGCUGAAAAUCUUCGAGUCAUGGGCAACAGAGACCGUUGUUCGGAACAGAGAAUACGUUCUUGAAGUCGAUUUAGAGUCGCGCUUAGAGAGACUGACUGAAUACAUGGAAUCGUGCGAUACCAUUCUCCGAAAACAAUCAGACUUGCAAGCAAAGUUUCAAAGGGCCAUGGAAAAUAUGCAAAAUUACAAUAGACUUAACAGUGGGCAAAUAACGACUAACGGAAUUCGCCGUAACUCGAGUCUUCGUGAGAUGACGGGCAUCAACGAAGACUCUAUAGACAGUUUGGAGAAACUAAAUAUUUCAACGACCGGGCGCUGGCCUAAAUCGCGCCAGAAAAUGUAUGGAAACACAUCCAUUAGGCGAUUUAUUCUCCCACCAAACAGAUACAAUUGGGACGUUACUUUCAAUGACUACAAGCCACGAGAGUUCACCGAAGAAAGUAUUCUAAAAGCUUCCUGGGCUGACCCUUCAGACAAGAAGAGUCUUGAAUCCCUUCCAUUCAACGAGUUCAGUCGCGAAAGCGGAAUAAAUCGCAAGUCGCACGACGGCGAUUUCGAAAUAUACGACAACUUACCGCGAAAUCGGAUCGGGCGAACAGGAAUCUCAGGAAGAGGAGAAUUGCCAAACUGGGGACCAAACCAUGCAGUCGAUCCAAUCAUAACAAGGUGGAGGAAGGGAGCAACAAGUGUGUUGGAAUGGGUCGCCGUCCAGCGGAACACCGGCGAAUGGGCCAUUCCAGGAGGGAUGGUUAGGCAAUUCGAGUUUGAAGCCGCAGAAGAUGACCGAGUCUUCGUGUCAGGGGCAUGCAUUUCGCGGAUCAUGGAGGAGAAGGUUUUCGGGAAGCAAGACAAAGCAACAGAGGAGGUGCUCAAUAAAUUCUUCAAUUACACUGAUGCAGAUGUUAUUCAUAAAGGAAUGGUUGAUGAUGUAAGGGCAACAGACAACGCUUGGAUGGAGACGAUUGCUAUUCACUUUCAUGACGAAGAGGGCGUUUUGGACAACCUGAAACUGGCCAAAAAUUCCGCCGUUUGGGCUGAACUGAGAGAUCAGGAUCUAUUUGGCUCCCAUAGAAAACUAUUAAUGCUGAUCGCGGACAAGUUCAACGCAAACUUCAUGUCCUGA